AACCCUUGCUGCUCAAACCCCUGCCAGAACAGGGGGGUGUGCAUGACUGCAGGAUUUGAUCGGUACCAGUGCGACUGUACGAGGACAGGAUACUACGGGGAAAACUGCACCACACCGGAAUUCUUCACGUGGCUGAAGCUAACACUGAGACCUUCACCAAAUACUGUUCACUACAUCCUCACCCACUUCCAGGGAGCCUGGAACAUCAUAAACAACAUUCCCUUCUUGCGCGAUGCUAUUAUGAGAUACGUACUAACGUCAAGAUCACACUUGAUUGACAGCCCACCAACUUACAACAGUGACUACAGUUACAAGAGCUGGGAAGCUUACUCCAAUCUUUCCUAUUAUACAAGAAGCCUCCCACCAGUAGCGCUUGACUGCCCAACACCGAUGGGUGUUAAAGGUAAGAAAGAACUCCCAGAUUCAAAGGUGAUCGUGGAGAAGUUUUUGCUAAGGAAAAAAUUCAUUCCUGACCCCCAAGGCACAAAUGUGAUGUUCACGUUCUUUGCCCAACACUUCACUCAUCAGUUCUUCAAGACAGACCACAAGAAGGGACCUGGCUUCACCAAGGCUCUGGGCCACGGGGUUGACUUGAACCACAUUUAUGGAGAGACUCUGGAGAGGCAACUUAAACUGAGACUUCGGAAGGAUGGAAAGCUAAAAUACCAGAUGAUUGAUGGAGAAAUGUACCCUCCGACGGUGAAGGACACACAGGCAGAGAUGCUGUACCCUCCCCACGUCCCCGAGCACCUGCAGUUUUCUGUGGGGCAGGAGGUGUUUGGUUUGGUCCCAGGCCUGAUGAUGUACGCCACGAUCUGGCUGAGGGAACACAACCGUGUCUGUGACGUCCUGAAAAAGGUGCAUCCGGAAUGGGAUGAUGAGCAGCUCUUCCAAACUGCUAGACUCAUACUGAUAGGAGAGACAAUCAAGAUCGUUAUUGAGGACUAUGUGCAACACUUGAGUGGUUACCACUUCAAGCUCAAGUUUGACCCUGAGCUGCUAUUCAACCAGCGGUUCCAGUACCAGAACCGUAUCGCAGCCGAGUUCAAUACCCUGUACCACUGGCACCCGCUUCUGCCCGACACUUUCCAGAUCCAUGACCAGGAGUACACCUUCCAGCAGUUCCUCUACAACAACUCCAUAAUGCUGGAGCAUGGCCUUUCCCAUAUGGUGAAGUCUUUCUCCAAGCAAAGGGCUGGCAGGGUUGCUGGUGGGAAGAAUGUUCCUGCUGCAGUACAGAAAGUGGCAAAGGCUUCGAUUGACCAGAGCAGGCAAAUGAGAUACCAGUCCUUGAACGAGUACAGGAAACGCUUCAUGCUGAAACCAUUCAGAUCGUUUGAAGAACUCACAGGAGAAAAAGAGAUGGCAGCUGAGCUGGAGGAGCUUUACGGAGACAUCGACGCCAUGGAGCUGUACCCAGGCCUGCUCGUGGAGAAGCCGCGCCCAGGUGCCAUCUUCGGAGAAACGAUGGUGGAGAUCGGAGCGCCGUUCUCCCUGAAGGGCCUGAUGGGCAAUGCCAUCUGCUCCCCCGAGUACUGGAAGCCCAGCACCUUCGGCGGGGACGUGGGCUUCGACAUCGUCAACUCCGCCUCCCUGCAGAAGCUCAUCUGCAACAACGUCCAGGGCUGUCCCUUCACUGCCUUCCACAUCCUGAGCCCUGAACCCACAGAGGCCACUAUUAACGUUAGUACCUCGAAAACAGCAAUGGAAGAUAUCAACCCCACGCUACUACUGAAAGAGCGGUCUGCCGAGUUGUAG